AUGACAGCGUGGGUUAGUCCGAGCGCCAUCUUCAUGUGGACCAACGCUAACACCGCCAAGUUCAGCCAGCAGACGCGAUGCCCCAAGAAAAAACUCCAAGAUUUCAAGGCAGCGUUAGAAGAGGCUCAGGAGAUCCACAGCAGGACCAAGGGGAAGUCGGCUGGGUGCAGUGGAGCAGGAGGGCUAGCUGCUAACGCCUCAGCACCUCAGAAGCAGCAGCAGGGCGACGGUUCGAGUGCGCAGCAGCCGGUGCACCUGUCACAGGAGAUACAUGACGAGGAGGGCUUCUGUGUGCACUGCCGCGUGCAUGACUACACUCGCAGCUUUGGCCCCAGGUGCAUCCUCAUCUGUUCAUGCUGUUGCGAAGAAUGGCAUGUGAGCUGUGCGGAGGAGGUGCAGGGAGUGAAGGUGCAAGCGUCAGUGCUCGACAGUGACGUGGAAUGGCACUGCUCCCCCUCCUGCGCCAAGGUGGCGGCGGAGCUGAAGGGCAUGGAGGGCAAGAGAGUGGAGAUCCCCAAUGACACUCCCUUCUCCAUUGAGCUCGCCCGAUACAAUGAGAACGACCGAGGCUCCCGUCAGUCCAUAGCAGCAGCACUCAAGGUACGCAUUUCCCUGCCCUCCCUCCGCCUUCCCUCCCUCCCUCCCUCCCUCUCCCCCUCUCCCAUUCCCUCCCUCUCUUCACCUCUCACAACCUCUCUCCGUUCGUCUUCCGUAUCCCAUCCCCUGUUUCCCUCCUGCCACUGUUCCGUCACCGUACUCAACCCCAUCCAAUCCUCCUCGUCUGCCAACACCUACCAUCACCCAUUCUCCCCUCCCCGAACCCCUCCAUCUGCCCUCUGCGCGUCCCCUCAGAUCCUGCAGGCAUCGUUUGACCCGCUGGUCAUGGACGAUGGGUCGGAGCUCAUAGAGAGCAUCACCAAGUCGCUCGAGUCUGACGGGUCAGUGCCGUGCCUGCGGUCCCGUAAUUUUCGGGUGGUGAUUCUACGCAAGGGAGCAGUGCCCAUCACUGCAGCCACGUUCAGGGUGUUUGGAGCAAAGUUUGCUGAAAUGCCAUUUGUGGCAACUCGUGUCGACUACCGGCGCAACGGCAACUGCCGGCGACUCAUGCGAGUGGUGGAGGAUAUACUUCGCCUUCUAAGGGUGCCAGUGCUGUACAUGCCGUCAGUCAAGAGCGUGGUGGGCAUGUGGACUCGCCGCUUUGGCUUCCAGCUGCCGCCCACGGCUGAGCUGCAGAUGAUCGAGAAUAAGAUCAUCUGCCCGGAUCCCGCUAGUUCAACCAUGCUGAAGCGGGUCAUAGAGCCUAUAGGCAAGUCAGCUGCUGCAGGCACACCCUGUGCGUUGCCGCCUGCCGUUCUCCCUCCCAUGCGCACUCGCCGUGCCAUUGCUGCUGCUGCUACCGCCUCUGCCAGUGCUGCUGCCAGCCAAAGCAUGUCUGCUGGUGGGAGUGUGAAUCUCGCUGGCAGCGCUGCUGCUGCCGCCGCCGCCGCUGCUGCUGCUGCUGCAACGUCUGCUGGUGGUUCUGUGGCGGGAAAGCGAAAGAAGAAGGGGAAAUCAUGCGAUAAAGGGGCCGUCAAGGGAAGGGCUGCAGCAGAGGGUACAGGCAAUGGAUCUUCCAAGCCAGGUGGUCCUGCCAAAGCGCCCUCUGUGAAAUCUGAACCAGCUUGUUGCAUGGAUUCCGCCCUAUUGGCGUCUGGUCCUAUAGCAGUGUCUGUUCUUGGACUCAGCACUGGCACUGGCGCUGCAGCAGCGGCAGCAGCAGCAGCGAGUGCAGCAGAGGCAGCAGCGGGUGGGGUGAGCGGUUUUGGACAGAUUGGGGCGGAUAAGGGUGGUGCAGAUAAGGAUGGGAGGGGUAGUGGAGAUAAGGAUGGGAGGGGUAGUGGAGAUAAGGAUGGGAGGGGUAGUGGAGAUAAGGAUGGGAGGGGUAGUGGAGGAGUUGGUGCUGUUGGGGGGCUAGGCGUCCAGCAGGGGCAAGAGGAUGGGGCGGCAGCGUCGCAGGGGGUGUGUGGUGAUGUGACUGGGAUGAAGCAUGUGGCAGGAGCAGGUAUCUCUGUGAAGGUCGGCCUUGCGCAGAAAGCAGGGCAAGGGGAGAUGGUUGCGCCAGUACCAGCAGUAGGUGCAUCAACAGCAGCACAGAAGAGUUGUGUGGUUGCUCAGGGCCCAUUCGCCGGGGUUGUUGUGAAGCAGGAACCUGGGACGGUGCCGGCAGCACCGCAAUUUUCACCAGUACCACCAUUCCCCGCGUCAGGACAGGAGGCUGGUGCGUUGGUGCGGCCACAGGUGGUGGUGAAACUGGAGCCUGGCGUGGAAGGGGAUGCAGGGGUGCAGGGGACAGGCGCAGGGGUGGCACGGCGAGGAGGUAAAGGUGGUGCCUCCAAGAAGCCACGGCACAACCCUGCUGCUGCGGCUGUUGGUGGUGGUGGCGCUGCUGCUGCUGGUGCUGGUGAUGGUGGUGGCGCUGGUGCUGUUGGUGGCACCGGUGCUGGUGUUACAGCCAGCAAGCAGCGGAAGCGAAAGCGGCCUCAGGGCAAGGGCGCGUCAGGUGCAUGCAGAAACGAAGGGGAGCAAGAGGAGGAGGAUGAGGUGAGGGUGUUCUCACAAGAGGAGCAACUGUGGUGGGAUGACCGUGUGAGCAGAGUGCUGGACCAGUGGGCUGCUUCGGUGGCUGGAGGUGGGAGCAAGGCAGGCGCAGGAAGAGGGACCAAGGGGCAGGAUCCCGGGGCGAAGAGAGUGAAGCAGGAACCACAGGAAACCCCACAGCAGCAGCAGCAGCAGCAGCAGCAGCAGCCGUUGCUACCGUUGGUGGAGCAGUAUGCCUUGUUUGGCACCGCCACUGUGUGCAGAGGCACUGCUGCUGGCGCUGCUGGUACUGCUGCCACUGCUGGCACGUUCGGAACUACUGGAACUCCUGCGUUUGGACCACCCUUGCAGCCUGCACCAGGCGUGCCUUAUCACGUCCUCCCUCCUGAUAUGACCUUCACUCGCCUCAUGCAGGAAUGCCUGCAGAUUCCCACCGCAGCCACAGGCACAAGCCGCAUGCCAGCAGCAGCAGCACCAGCAGCACCUGCUGUUGCUGUUCCAGUUCCAGGAGCAAUCGCCACACCAGCUGCAGCAGCAGCAGCAGAUGUGCCUACAGAGCAGCAGGGCCAGCAGCAGCAGGGGGAGAAGGAAGAGCAGAUGCGGUGUGAGCGGGAGAGGGUGGAGAGGGAGGUGGAGGAGGCAUUGGUAGGGCAGGUGGCGGACCUGGUGAGGGCGCUGCCUCAAGACACCCUGCUGCAGGCGCUGCUGGGAGGGUUGAGAGGGGCAGGCGGGGGAGAGCACGAAGCUGGUGGGCUCAGGAGGUGCCUGGAAGGAGUUUCAGGGGCAGGCUCAACUGCAGCCCAUCGCAUCUUGGAAGCCGUCUUGGCUCAGUGCACGCCCUUGCUGCAACCACUGCUGCCACCACCACCACCACCAGCAGCAGCAGCAGCAGCAGCAGCAGCAGCAGCUGCUGCAGAAUCAUCUGGCAUGCCUUAUCCAGCAAAGCCUCUCACAUCACAAAAAGGAAACGCUGUACCUGCAAAUAAUCUGGCAGCAGCAGCAGCGGCAGCAGCACCAGCGGCAGCAGAACCAGCAGUAGCAGCACCAGUAGCAACAACCACAGCAGCACCUGCAGCAGGACGGUCGCCUCUACCAGCGCAGGUUCUUGCAACAUUGGCCACCCAUGCCCCUGGAUCCCCUGCUUGCAGAUCAACAGCGGCAGCAGGUGCAUCCCCUCUAGCUGCCCUCACGCGUACCCCUGCAACCUCACCAGAGGCUGUUGCUGCUCUUGCUUCUCUGGCCGCUGGCCUGCCUGUGCACGCACUGGAAAGAGAUGCCGAGCUGGAGAACUCAGUCUGUGAAGAUGCUGUAGAGGGUGGGACAGGGAGAGGGAGAGGGAGAGGGAGAGGGAGAGGGGAAACGGAAGGACCUGUGAGGAAAGCAGUGGGAACUGGUGGUGGGCAUGUGUGGUUGCUUGCAGCAGGUGGAGGCUUGGGAGAUGGAAUUAGGGUAGAGGAACUGGCAGAAGCUGAGGUGGCAUUGCGAAAGGCAGGGGAAGCAGGAGGAGGCGGUGUCAGCAGCAGGGGGGGGUGCAAGGGUGACACUAAUGGGAGGGAUGCAGGGGGGCAUGAGGGAGCAGUGGCGGAGGGAGCAGUGGCGGAGGGUAAUGGUGACGAGCUAGCAGCAGAGGGGUCAACGGGGGAAGAUGCGAAGCAGAGCACACAUGUGAAAGUCGAGUCAGAUCAAAGGGCAGGUCUUUUGACGGAAGGCAGGAAGGAUGACAGGGCAAUUGUUAACGGGCGCGGGCAGCAGGUGGGGGGCCAACAGGAACGCGAUGGGGGGAGAGAAAGCAGUGAACAGCACGCAGCAUUGGUGGCGGUGAUGGGGGCGGUGGAGCUUGCUGCCCCGGAUCAGGUGGCAAUGGAUGAGGGGCGGAUGGGUGAGAAGGACGUGGGUGAGAAGGACGUGGGUGAGAAGGACGUGGGUGAGAAGCAGGUGGGUGAGAAGGACGUGGGUGAGAAGGACGUGGGUGAGAAGGACGUGGGUGAGAAGGACGUGGGUGAGAAGGACGUGGGUGAGAAGGACGUGGGUGAGAAGCAGGUGGGUGAGAAGCAGGUGGGUGAGAAGCAGGUGGGUGAGAAGCAGGUGGGUGAGAAGCAGGUGGGUGAGCCGACUGACGAAGGCAGCGUUCCGAGGGACGCAGUGGUGGUGGGGGCGACUGCUGACACGUCAGCAACAACAGCAGCAUUGGCGCCAGCAGCAGCAGCAGCAGCAGCAGCAGCAGCAGCAGCAGCGGUGGCGGCGGUGGCAUUGGCUCCUGGUGAAACUGUUUCGAGCAGCUGUCAUGCGGUGGAAAGCACCCCGUCCUGCUCUCUUUCACUGCUAUCCCCAGCAGUCACCCUUGCUGUCAACUCUGAAAGCACCCCUACCGCAGCUGCCGUCACGGCACCUGCAGCUGCAGUCGCUCCACCUGCAACCACGGCCAAUUCUGUCCCUUCAACAGCAGCAGAUGUUGCUGCUGUGGCUGCAACGCUGCCUGCUGUUUUCUCAUGCACCAAGGGAGAGAGCAGGAGCCGCGAAGGGAAGUGCUCGGGCCACAAAGGGGAGUGCUCGAGCCUGUGUCGUGGUGAUGGUACUCCCCUCGCUCUGGAUUUCCUGGCUGCUGAUCUGACUGCAGCAAGGGGGAGGCCGUAUGUGAGACCGGUGGUAACUGCCAUGGCAUGUGUGGUGGAGGGUGGGGGGGGUGGAGGAGAGAGAAGAGUGGUGGCGGAAGGAGCAGCAGCAGGGAGAGGAGAGGUUUCGGUCGGGGGGGCGGUAGGAGGAAGGGACGAGGGUGCGGGUGAAAGGGCAACGGCUGGUGGUGGGAGUGGGAGGUGUGAGGGAGUCCACACAGAGUCAAACCACAGGACUCUCCUUCCUGCCCCCAGCAUGGACCCAUACCAGCCUCGUUACCAUAACCCUCUUAUCCCCCCUUCCUUUCCUAACUUCCAGUCCCUGCCCCCCGAUGUGCUGCGCUCUCUCCUCUUUCAAAGCCAUCGCCCUGUGCCUUCGCCUGCUGCUCAUAGGAAUGUGCCUCUGCGCUUUCCCCCUGCAGCAGCAACCACAGCACCCCUGUCAGGCGCACCAGUACAAGCACAUGCACAGGCACGGGGACAGACAGCAGCAGCAGUGCAAGCAGCACCGCUCUCAGGAGCGAUGCAAGCAGCAGCCCAAAGUGCAUUGCCGACAGGAGCAGCGUCUGGCACCGCUAAAGCACAUGCCACAGUAGCCAUGCCACCACCAUCCGUGAAACCACCAGCUACACUGUCCCAAGCCAUCAAAUCCUUAACUCGCACUCUCCCACCCGCUUCCCUCAUACCCCCCCAAGCUCCUCCCAGCCUUACCAUGCACAUGCCCUGGCCGCUACUCCCAACCAUGCCUGGGAACACAGGUUCUACCCAUCCUUCCUGCCCCCUCCCAUACCUUCCCUUCUGCAACCCUCUCUCUGGGUUCAGCUUGCCUUCUGGUUGGAACAGGGUGGGCGGGGAGAGGACUGUCGGAGUGGCAAGGGAGGGGAGUUUAGCGGCGGGCCGUAGUGAUGGUUGCAACGCCAGUGGCAGUCGUGGAGUGGAUGGUAGAGCUGAUACUGAGGGUAAGGAGAGCAAGGGUGCAUUGGCAGUUGAGGAGAGCAAGAGUGCACGGGGUGACGAGGAGAGCAAGAGUGCAUUGGGUGACGAGGAGCCCAAGGCAGGGAUUCUUAUGGCGGCUGGGGGUUAUUCCCUCUCACACGCGCCCCAUGAUUCCUACAGUGGACCCACCCCUCCCCACCCUUGCUCGCCCCUCUGCCCUCCUGCUGUGCUGCUGCAGGUGGGUGAGUCCCCUCCUGACAUCAUCAACGAGUGGCCGGCAGUCCACAGAAUCACAGGGUUCUAUCUAGAGGAGUGA